UCUGUCCAGAUCAGGAAUCAUCACAAGUUGCAGUUUUUGAAUGGAGAAUUAUGACCGGAUAAAAGUGGUCUAAAGUUUCAGAUUUGUUAAUGAUUUUUUUUUUCUCUCAAAACUGUAAAGAUUAAUUAUCCAGGUUUUGAUUGAAAUGAAAAUGAUCCGACAUCUACAAUUUUUAAUUCAAAGGAGGUUUAAGUUGACACUUCUGGCACUUCUCUUCCUUACUUUUAUGAUGCAUUUUGCUCUGGAUCUUUUUUCUAUUUCAACUACAGUUUCAUGCUCUUGUCCACCUCAAAACCACCCUAGAGCCAAGAUACACAUGGUAAGGAAAUCACCACUUGUAAGAGCCUUGCAAGACUUUAGUGGCAGUAAUGGGUCCUCGGUGGAUGGAAGUCAGAUGGUGAAAGUUUCAGAAGCAAGUCCGAAAACUGUGAAGGAGCCAUGGAAAAGAUAUCAAGGAUCAAAACUAGCAUCUCUUUUUCAACAUCCUCUCUAUAAUUCCCUAAUGCCAAUAAUCAAGGAAGAGGACAAGCUUUUUAGAGUUAAUGCUGAGGAACGAUUUACGCUGAAAGGCAGUGGGAGUAACGAAUGGAUUAGUGCUGGAAUGGAGUUUGUGCUUCCCACAGGAGAAACAGCUGCUGACACUUAUCCAACCUGGUUGAAAUUUCACAUAGGCAUCAACCGCUAUGAGUUAUACCCAAGACAAGACCCUCUGGUUUCCAUCCUGCUCAAAGAAAUGUCUACUCAGCAUAUUCUUAAUUCUGUUCAGAAACCGGGUGGAACACAGCUUAAACUUCUUAUGACUUUCCCAAAUUAUGGCCAGGCGUUAUUCAAACCUAUGAAACAGGAGCGUGAUCAAGAGACUCCUCCAGAUUUCUUUUACUUCUCAGAUUUUGAGAGGCACAAUGCAGAAAUAGCAGCAUUUCACUUGGACAGGAUCCUGGAUUUUCGUCGGAUUCCACCGGCUGUUGGACGUUUGAUCAAUAUCACCAAGGAUGUCAGAGAUAUUACCACAGACAAGAAACUGUUCAAAACCUUCUAUAUCUCACCAGCCAAUAAUGUUUGCUUCUAUGGUGAAUGCUCGUACUACUGCUCCACAGAACAUGCUCUGUGUGGUAAGCCUGACCUUCUAGAGGGCUCUCUGGCUGCUUUCUUACCAGAUGCCGCACUGGCCAAAAGGAAAUCCUGGCGCAGCCCUUGGAGACGAUCAUACCAUAAAAAUAAAAAGGCAGACUGGGAGCUGAACACCAAUUAUUGUGAAACAGUAAAGGUGACACCACCAUACAACGAAGGAACUAGACUUCUGGACUUGAUAGAUCUUUCGAUACUGGACUUCUUUAUGGGAAAUCAAGAUCGACAUCACUAUGAGACAUUUGAAAAAUUUGGAAACAAGACUUUCCUCUUGCACCUGGACAAUGGGAGAGGGUUUGGACGUCACUCAUAUGAUGACCUGUCUAUUCUUGCCCCUCUUCAGCAGUGUUGCAGGAUUAAGAAGUCUACACUGCAACGGCUUGAGCUGCUUCAUACUGAACCAUAUCGCUUGAGUGAUGUCAUGCGGGAAUCUCUUUCAAUGGACCCUCUCAACCCCAUCCUGUCAGAACCACACCUUUUAGCCCUUGAUCGUAGGCUGGGCAUCAUUCUCAAUGUUGUCAGAGAGUGUUUUAAAAAACAAGGCCAACAUCGAGUGGCCUUUGAUGACCUGGCCAAACUCUACAGGGAAAGAAAGUUGUAAAUUUGGGAACUGUCUUUAAAAUAGCACUGAACUUGUGACAAAUGUUCAUUUAGUUUUCUUUUUAAUUUGAACAGGUCUUGUUUUGUGCUUUAUUUUUCUUCAUGUAGAUCUUUAUAGUAAUUGAAGCUCUGUUUUUCUGAUACUUAGUCCCAAAUUCUUGGCAUAUACAUAUAGUUAAAGGGGUAGACCAACUAUAAGUAAUUAUCACCUAUCCCCUGGAUAGGUAAUAACUGCUAAAUUGUUGGGGGUCACUUUCAUGUCCCCAUUUUGAAUGGAACGUAAACUCUACAGGACAGAGUGCAUGCAUGACUGCUGCUCUGCUCAAACAGUGGAUACAGGACCCAUGUUCCGGCACCUGAAGGGAAUCCCAUCGGUUGGAACGCCACUAUCUAGCAGUUAUCACCUAGCCAGUAUAUGGGUGAUAAUUACUUAGAACCGGAAUACCCCUUU